AGUGGUGGCAAUUCCAUGACAAAGAAAGUUCAGCAAAUGCAGGCAUUCUUUGGGUUACAAGUCACUGGGAAGCUAGACUAUAGCACCAUGGAUGUUAUAAGGAGGCCUCGAUGUGGUGUCCCUGAUAUAGCAAACUAUCGACUCUUCCCAGGAGAACCAAAAUGGAAAAAGAGUACAUUGACAUACAGAGUGAAAAAAUAUACCUCCAGUUUAAGUCAUUCAGAAGUGGACAAGGCUGUGGAGAUGGGUUUGAAAGCAUGGAGCACUGCUGCCCCUUUGAACUUUGUAAAGACAACGUCAGGAGAAGCAGAUAUCAUGAUCUCAUUUGAAAGUGGAGAUCAUGGAGAUUCCUACCCAUUUGAUGGGCCACGGGGGACUUUAGCACAUGCUUUUGCACCUGGGGAAGGACUGGGUGGUGACACCCAUUUUGACAACGCAGAAAAAUGGACAAUGGGAAUGAAUGGAUUUAAUUUAUUCACUGUUGCUGCUCAUGAAUUUGGCCAUGCACUGGGUCUUGCCCAUUCUACUGACCCAUCAGCACUGAUGUAUCCAACAUACAAAUAUCAACAUCCAUUUGGCUUCCAUCUUCCCAAAGAUGAUGUGAAAGGAAUCCAGUCACUGUAUGGUAAGAACAUUUUAAAAGUUUUUUCUCCCAAACCCUUCUUACCCCAAGUCCCACACCAGCCUGUACCAAAAGCACCAGCACCAACUAAUCCAGACCAUUGUGACUCCAGAUUUUCAUUCGAUGCUGUCACAAUGCUGGGAAGGGAACUUCUUUUCUUCAAGGAUAGGCUGUUCUGGAGAAGGCAGGCUCAACUGAAAGCCAGCGUCCAGCCACUCUCCAUUAGAAGCUCUUUCCCUCAACUCAUGUCCAAUGUAGAUGCCGCUUAUGAAGUGCCUGAGAAAGGAGUUGCUUAUUUCUUCAAAGGCCCUCAUUACUGGACAACUCGUGGUUUCCAAAUACAAGGUCCUCCACGAACCAUUGCAGACUUUGGGUUUCCUGGGAAUAUACUACACAUUGAUGCAGCUGUCCACCUGAGGGAUGAAAAGAAGACACUCUUCUUUGUAGAAGAUGAAUAUUACAGCUAUGAUGAAGUAAAAAGGAAAAUGGAGAAGGAUUUCCCAAAGAGUAUUGAGGAUGAGUUCUCAGGAAUCAAUGGCAGAAUAGACGCGGCUGUAGAAGUGAAUGGAUUUAUUUACUUCUUUUCUGGUCCUAAAGCCUAUAAAUAUGACAGAGAAAAGGAAGAUGUUGUUCAUAUUGUGAAAUCCAGCUCCUGGGUGGGUUGCUGA